AUGGAAACUGUGGAUCUCUUGCAAACUACAAAUCCUGAGUACUCGGUUUUUAGUUUGCACCGACAAGUCCGCAUAAGUCAGAAAGUGCCUAAGAGUAUGUCUGCCUAUGAACCGGGCAACCUCGGCGUAGGUAAUGCGAGGGCGAAGAGGUCCUUGCGUUUGGUAAUCAUCUAUCAGUGUGCACGUUCGAAGCGGGGAAUGGUGGGGAUGGCCGACCAACCCAAGUCAGGAGUACUUGCUUGGCCAUUGGGUCCACUCGUCGAGUUGGCCAACGGCGAACCUAAAACAAGUCAGAGGGGCCAGAUGGUUGCCACGCUGUAUGAUAAGCAGACUCACGUUUUGGGAGUCACUGGGGUAGAAUUUGUCAUUGCCGAAAGCCUUUGUGAGCGACUGUUGGAGUUCUUUUGA